GGGCAGUAUGAACUCACCAUAGGCUGAGCGCGACAAGCAAGAGAGUGAGUGAAGGAUUCGUGUACGGAAGUGUUUGCCAUUCCCAUGAUUUCUCCUCGAGUAAAAGCCUCAGAGUCAGACUUUUUUUACAGUCUAUGGUCAGACCCUCCAAAAUGAGUAAAUCAAGAACCUUGAAGAAAAUAAGUGUGGCAAGCGAGAUUGACCGCACUGAAGAGCGCAAAUUACACUGUAAAAACAGCCUGGAGAGGGCAGAAUUCAGACAGAGAAAGGAGCAGCUCUCAGACAACGACAGGCUGGCCCUAGAAGAUGAGAUGACCAUAUUGAAUGAAAUAAUUCAGAAAUAUGAAAAGGAGCUGCAGGUGCUGAGAGGAGAGAACAGGAAGAACAUGAUGCUGUCUGUCGCUCUGUUAGCCAUCAGUGCUCUUUUCUACUACACAUUUAUAUAUUAAGAGAAGUUAUUCCAUGGUCAAAAGAUGACUAAUACUCGACUGAUGAUGACACAGACCGGCCCAGUGAUAUUCACCACAGCAAAAAAAACAUUUUCCACAGAAAACGUCACACUUUUGAUUUGAUUUCCCACGGAAAGCCAGCCAGGAAAAAUGAAUGCACAUCUAUCAUUAAGAGACCUGCAGACGCACAUUCAAGAAUGCAUCUGCCAUUCUCCUCAUGUUUCAUAGUACUUUUU